AUGGUGUCAAAAGCUCUGAACGUUGGCCUUCGCGCCUGGGAGUUCAUCUGUGCUCUAAUCAUUAUGGCACUCGUCGGAAACAUGAUCACAACUGCCUUCAAAGGCAAUUCCGCUAUGGUAAACUACGAUGCAUUCGUCAGCGUCUUCGGCAUGGCAUCGCUGCUGUACCUCCUACCCACCGCCUUCCUUGAUGGUUUCAGCGUACCCGUUGUUACCAUUGCGCUUGAUGCGCUGAACGUGCUUUUCUGGUUCUGUGGCGCGGUUGCGACGGCUGCAUAUUUGGGCGUGCAUAGCUGCAGUAACUCGAAAUACACCCAUUCCAACCACAUCACCAAUGGCUCGCCCAACACCAAGAAGCGCUGCCACGAAGCACAGGCUUCAACAGCUUUCAUGUGGUUCGGUUGUGCUGCUUUUGUUGCCUCGCUCGUUUUCUCCAUCAUGUCCAAUCGGGGCAGCGUCAAUAUGCGCGGCGGAAUUCGCAGGCCCGCUAUGAGCCAAGUGUAA